AAUUUUAAUGAUUUUUUUUUUAUUAUUUAUAGAUAAAAAAUGUGGUCGAUUGUUGUGUUCAAAAAAGAUAAUUCUUUGGCUGCAGUGCCUAGUCAUUGGUUCAAGAACGGCAAAUGUGCGUGGCCAAAUGACUAUAUCAAAAACAAAAACAAACUUGUUGAAAAGCGAUCAUUAGCAAAUGCCUUAGAAUUUAAUUUUUAUAGUGCCAGAAAAUUGCAUACUGAACACCCUAUAGAAUCAUUAAAAGAUGCUAAAGAAAAAGCUGAAAAAGGCCAAAUAACUUCAGACAUAGAGUCUAACAUUGAAAAAAGAAAAAGAGUGCCAUCAUUAAAAAAAAAAAAUGCAGAUAUCCCUAUAUUUUCAGACAAUUCUGAUGACAGUACAGAUGACGAUGGAGGUUCAGAUCAUCAGACCACAUCCCCACAUGCAAAUAAAGAUUUUGACACUGAUAAUCUACCUACACCGCUGAAGGUCAUUCGUCUUGGUCGUUAUCAACCUGGUAAACUACGUCCUAUCAAAGCUAUCUUUGAAUCCGAUUCCAUAGUGUUUGAUAUUAUUCGAAACAAAAAUAAACUGACCCAUUCAAAUCCGCCGUCUACAAUAUAUAUAUCUACGGAUAGAACCCCUUACCAGAGAGACUUUAUGAAGAGCUUGAAGGAGGAGCUGAUGACACGUACAAAGAAGCAGGAUUAA